CGGAGAGAGAGAGAAAGGAGGAAGGAGGAUGUUGCUGUUCGUGAUGCUAGUUUAGGCCAGGAUGCAUCAGCUCCAGUGACAUGGUGGGUGACUGCGCUACAUAGCCGGGCUACAUUGUUCUGCUUCUCCGUUACCGAAAAGGUAGGAUGCUCCAUUUACGGAAAGCAGCUUGGAUGUGAAAGAUCAGAGAUACAGGAGGAGGCGGUGGAGGAGAGGACUAUGAGAUCUGGGUACCCACGUCCUACAUCUCCAAAAUGAUGAAGACAGAGGGUAAGACAGCAGGUGGGGGGCCAAGGAGUUCAUCACCACAUAGAAAUGCGUAUGAAGUCGGGGUGCAGACACUGCAAGCCAAUAAGGAUGGAGUGCCCGAUCCCGAAUCCGAAGAAGGACGCAAAUCGCGGUGUAAAUAUGGAUCAAACGUCCACCGCAUCAAGAACAUGUUCCUGCAAAUGGGAACAGGCCCAACAGGAGCCGAAUCAGAGGCUGGACGGCCAAAAGAGAAACCGUCAAAACUGACAUUGCCGCGGGCCGGCAGCUUGAAUGAGAAUGUCAACCACAGCUCCUUGUUGAAGCUAGGAACCAGCGUGUCGGAAAGGGUGAGCCAUUUUGACCCCCCGGCGGAAAGGCCAACAUCCAAGUUGCAGGAGGCACGACGCGUUUUUGAGAGGAACCUACAAGAAAAGGAGACGACCAACAGAAUUUUCCUGCGCAAGGAGAGAGGAGGAUUCCAAGACAGAAAACUGGACGUUGUUGUGCGGUUUGGAGGUAGCACAGAAUCUCUGGACAAGCUGGACACAGAUGCGGUCUCUCCAACCGUUAGCCAGCUCAGCGCAGUCUUUGAAAACGCAGACCUGCGCAACAAUCUCCAUAAAAUCCCGGCCAAAGGUCCAUCAGGCCGGCGUACCAGACUUUUUCAACCAGAUGCUGCCAAGGCAGCGGAGGAGAAGAAGACGUUGGGAAAGGUUGGCGAUGGGCCGAACAAACCAGCAGUUGGCCAGGAAAUAUGCAAAAUCAAACCAGUGGAGGUAGAGGAGAGUGGCGAGUCUGAAACAGACGUCUUGAAAGAAACAGAGACGGCCAAAGCUGAGGAGGCUGGCAACACCGGGAAUGAGAAUGGAGGCUUGGAGGCGAAAGGGGUGACGGCGCGAGAGGGAGAUUUGGCUCAAGAGAUAGAAGCUGAGGCAGGAGAAGAUGAUUACAAGAGGGAGGACUGGUCAGAGGUGGAAGUGAUAGAGUUCAGUGUCUGCAGUGGCCUCGGUGACGAUUCAGAGGGUAGCGGUUUGGAUGAAGAAGAAGAGGAUGGGUUCUAUGAACCGCUGAACACCUGCAAAGAGAUUGAGGGUCUCUCUGAAGAGGAGGAACCAACUGCCAACCGAAAAAUACGCUUCAGUACAGCGCCCAUUAAGGUAUUUACAACAUAUUCAAAUGAGGACUACGACCGGAGAAAUGAUGAUGUGGAUCCGAUGGCUGCCUCUGCGGAGUAUGAACUGGAAAAACGGGUGGAGAGGCUGGACCUGUUCCCCGUGGAGUUAGAGAAAGAUUCCGAAGGUCUCGGCAUCAGUAUUAUCGGGAUGGGAGCCGGAGCCGACAUGGGCCUGGAGAAGCUGGGGAUAUUUGUAAAGACAGUAACAGAUGGAGGAGCGGCCCACAGAGACGGCAGGAUCCAGGUGAAUGAUCUUCUAGUGGAAGUUGACGGAACAAGCUUAGUUGGGGUCACCCAGUCCUUUGCCGCGUCUGUCCUGAGAAAUACAAAGGGCCGUGUACGAUUUCUGAUUGGUCGCGAGAAGCCCGGGGAACAAAGCGAGGUGGCUCAGCUCAUUCAGCAAACCUUGGAACAAGAAAGGUGGCAAAGAGAGAACAUGGAGCAGAGAUACAACCAAUGUAAUGAGGAAGAUGAAGAGACAGGAGAGUAUGCCACCGACGAGGAGGAUGAAGAGAUGAGCCCUAUGUUCCCAGGGGGGGAUCUGGCCAUCGAGGUGUUUGAGCUCCCAGAAGGAGAAGACACCUUAUCACCAGUAGAGAUGGACCCGGAAAAGCUAGUGCACAAGUUCAAAGAGCUCCAGAUCAAACAUGCUGUGACCGAAGCUGAGAUUCAGCAGCUAAAAAGAAAGCUGGCAGGCCUAGAACAAGAGCGUUCUCGCUGGCGGGUGGAAAAGGUCCAACUACAGCAGAGUGUCCAGGAGAACAGAGAGCGCGUGGAAAAGCUGCAGGGUUACUGGAUGGAGGCCCAGAGCUUAUGCCAGGCAGUAGAUGAGCAUCUUAAAGAGACCCAAGCCCAACAUCAGGGGUUAGAGCGCAAGUACAGCAAGGCUAAGAGGCUGAUCAAGGAGUACCAGCAGAAAGAGAUGGACUUCUUGAAGAAAGAGGAGAUGCAGAAGCAAGAGUUGGAAGAGGUAGAGACCACUCAUGCUACCGAGAUCCUCAGGCUACAGGAAAAGGUGGCAGAGUUGGAGAAGAAGCUCCUCACCCUUCAAUGUCCGACCGCCCCGUAGAUUUUAUGUUACAAGGAAAGGCGAGUUAUGGGCAAGGAGUGGAUGUUGCUUGUCUGUGCCGUCAGGAUAUCUCCUGCCCCCCCGGUGUCAGGACUGCAAGCAAUUGCCCCUUACUGUGGCUUAUCUAUUUCUGUAUUAUAACACUGGGGGGGGGGGUGUACGUUCCACUGAUUUUUGAAUAUGGUUCUCAAGAACAAACUACUGGACCAAAAUGGGAUUUGAGAAAGCUGUAAAGUGAAGUGGCUUUGGCUCUGUACCAUGUCUCCUUAAGGCGCCUUGUCUUAUACCUCCUGGAGGACAUGGGAAAUGGCCACUUGGAGCCUCUGUGGUCUUUUUGAGUUGGAGACUCUGUGGCUCGUAUCUCAUGAUAACCUUGAAAUGACUCUAGUAUCCUGUGGCUCCCAUCGGCUCCCUGGAGGCCCUGACUCCUGGACUUUGUGUGUCUCUGUGCUGUGUCUGUGCUGGUGGUCUGUGUCUAUUACUUGCCCUUGACCUCAAGUGGAAAGCACCCCUCUCAAACCCUUUACCGCCCCCCCCUAAAAAAUCCCACCUAUAUACAGGUCACGACUCUGUAACUCUAAUGCAGAGUGAGCGUGCACUGUAAACUUUUAACUUGUGCAAGAAUGUCGGUGCAUAAUGCGUGCACUCACACAUACUGUGACAUGAGGGAUGAAUGUGAGUUCUCAGAGGAUAUUUAUUCUGUGGUCACCUGUGCAGCCAUAACGAUGCUGGGGUGGCUACCUAUACGGACAAAGCCCUCCUCAGGUGGGCAAACAUACAUAUACAUUCAUACACACAUACUUUCUCCUGCAUUCAUCCAGCCAGCCAUACAUACAUAAGGACACCCUUUCACAUAUGUACACAUACUCAUUAUCCCUCAUAUGUCAGUACCGAAUGAGACUGUCCAUGCUGGUGAUCUUGCGUGUGUGUGUAUAAUAUAUAUAUAUAUAUAUAUAUGUAUAUAUUAUACAUUUACACGCACACACACACACAUACAUACCCUGAGUUUUGAGGCAACGUGUAUAAAAAAAGCAAGGUAGCAAUAUUUUGAAUGCAGUCCUACAUUAUAUGUUUUCUACAUUCAUCUCAGAUGAACCCUUCGGUUUGUAGAGGGGUGGCAUAUGCCUCUGGCACUUUGAAAGGGUUAAAGGUUGGCCAGUUUACUACCCACAGACUGACUGUACCUUGGAGCAGAGGGUGAGAACGGUCCUGAGUGCCACCUGUAGGCUCUAGGUUGGUGUCAACAACCCUUUCUGCUGUAUCUACAGGACAAAAAUAAAGGGAUGAAGAACAUUUUUCAUGGACAGUGGGGAGUGUUGGGUUCCGUAACCCUGAUGCCUUCAUUGACAUGGGGGAUUAUUUGUAUAUUUUGAUCAUUGAGUAAGGGGGGCUUCUACGAGGCGAAUGAAUGGUGAUUAGACGGGGGGGGCGAAUGAUACUGUGCCAAAUUAAGUAUCUGUCUAUUUAUUGGUCUGCUACGAGGAACGGAUGUAAAAAUGUGAGGUUUUAAACUCAAUUUUUCUGGGGGAUGCAUUUUGGGGGUCAUGGAUCACAGUACAAGAAAAGUAAAGUUUGGCAUUAAACCAACGCUAAUCAUCA